ACCAUUUAGAACUGAGCCGUCGUAUAUAAAUUGCUCUAGAAAGAAAUAUUCGACAAAAAUGUCGGUACGAAUAUACCAAAAGGCUACAUCCUACAUAUAAAAUCUAAAGACAGAAUUUCGGAGGAAUUGGGAAGAUGAACGAAGGCAAAAGAACAAUCAACCGGAGAACAAAAGAAAAAUAACCAAUAUACAAUCACAACUGAACUGAAUUUCAACACUUAGAAAGUCGGAUUAUCUGUCAWUUAAGAUGCCUGUUGGAUUUUUAAGACAUUUGAUCAGGAAAAAACGUCAAGGGACGCGAGAAGAUGGGAAAAGUCAACUGUCUUCAUGCUUAUCAACCCUCGACUUGACUUCACUUGGAAUUGGCGCAAUCCUUGGCGCUGGAACGUACGUCGUGUCUGGCCAAGUCGCAGCAAGCAUUGCCGGACCAGCAGUCAUUAUUUCUUUUUCCAUAGCAGCUUUUGCUUCUAUUCUCUCRGGGCUCUGCUACGCUGAAUUCGGCGCCCGCGUUCCAAAUACCACAGGGUCAGCGUACGCCUAUAGCUACGUCACKGUGGGAGAGAUCUGGGCAUUUUUCAUCGGUUGGAACUUGAUCUUAGAAUAUAUGAUUGGCACUGCGGCUGAUGCGAGAGCUUUGAGUGCAUGUUUUGAUUUUGUCAUUGGUUAUGCCAUCAGGAACUUUACAGUGUCAACAAUCGGAGAAUUUCACAAUCACUGGCUGACAAGUUAYCCUGAUGUUUUAUCCUUCGUAGUGACAAUCAUCAUUACCUUAGUUUUAGCUGUUGGAGUAAAGCAGUCUUCAACUUUUACCAGCUUUUUCAACAUCUUAAAUCUCCUCGUUGUCGUCUUCAUCAUAGUCUGCGGUCUCUUCUUUGUUGACAUGCGUAAUUGGACCCAAGGGAAGGGGUUUUUCCCGUUUGGAGCGUCUGGCGUUCUCAGYGGUGCYGCCACUUGUUUCUACGCGUUUGURGGAUUUGAUAUCAUCGCAACAACGGGAGAAGAAGCGAAGAACGCGCCCAAGUCCAUCCCUAUCGCCAUCGUCACCUCCCUUUUCAUAGUCUUUAUUUGUUAUUUUGGUGUCUCAGCUGUUUUGACUUUAAUGGUUCCUUUUGAUCACCUCGACAAACUCUCACCAAUWCCRAAUGCAUUUGCGCAAGUGGGUUUACCCGCUGCCCAGUAUAUUAUAGGAAUUGGCGCAGUMUGUGGSCUCGCAGCAAGUCUCUUAGGAUCCCUUUUCCCUUUACCAAGGAUCAUCUAUUCAAUGUCCAGYGAUGGCCUUUUAUUCAGGUACCUAUCAAAAGUGGACCCACGUACYGAAGUCCCUGUUGUGGCAACAGUUUAUCCAGGMAUCGUGACCGCCAUYUUUGCACUUUUAUUUGACUUACAGGAACUUGUUGAAAUGAUGUCCAUAGGGACAUUAUUAGCGUACACACUUGUGUCCCUGUGUGUUUUGAUCCUUCGYUAUCAGCCCCAACAAGAAACGUUCUACGAGGAAGAGGAAACUGGAAUCUUUAGAAUUCAAAAUGGCAGUAUUUACCUCGACGAWAAUGUGGAAGAUUUUGACGAAUUUCAAUACGAGCUUGUGCAAGAGGGCGAAAAAUUGACAACUAAAGAUYCACACAAAAACGAAGAGCCUAAACAAGCACGCAAAAACGACAAAAAUCGCAAAAACAAGGGCGAAAAGAACCACGGGAAAGUUACCAGGCUCCCGACCGAGGAGAGCGGCCGACUGGUGACAUGCGCUGUGAUGUUGUUAUUCGCGUGGUUCUUUGGCUUCUGUGGGUUCAUUAUUUUUGGGAUUGAUGAGAUCUUUAACCACAAUAUCUUGGUUAUUGGAUGUACAAUGAUCUUCGGUAUCUUGAGUCUUAUAUCUAUCGGCGUCAUUGCAACACAGCCCCAGAAUCCAACACGGGUUCCGUUUAUGGCUCCAUUGGUACCAGSMCUUCCCAUUCUAUCAAUGUUUUUUAAUGUUUUUUUGAUGUUAAAGCUGUCUAAAUUAACAUGGAUACGAUUUGGUGUAUGGAUGGGACUUGGAUCUAUAUUGUAUUUUGGUCAUGGAUUAUGGAACAGCAACGAGGGUCGACARCGGGCACGAGCACAGCUCAUCGACGCUCAACCGCUUCUGAGCGAUACUAUUGAUGACAUUGACAUCAAAUACGAUAUGGAGGUCAUUCCAGCUCACCGAGAAGACUGGGAAAAAGACUCCAUCGAAGACGAGAAAUUUGGCGCAGUCUAAGAUGGGAUAUAAUCGUUGGCUAUAUAUGGUUCAUCUGUUAUCAAUAGUAAAUAAUUAUAAUAGUUAAAUAUAGUUCUAGAGAGGAAGAAAAUAGACAGAAAGUUAUCAUUGAAAGCAAAUAUCUCCCUACAAUUGAUACGCAUGCGCGUACUUUCUUAACACGCGCGCGCCAUGGAAAGCGCGCGAAAAUCACAGGAUAUAUUUUUUUAAAAACUACAUGUAUUGGGUUUCCAUCCGAAAGAUAACUAAAUUUAGCUUUCUUUUGGCUUUUCGUUAAAUAUUAGCCAAAUAUACGUUCUCUUUCAGUACUGAAUAAAAAUUUAAGACUAUUUAUCCGAUAAACGGGAACCACUUCUCGGAACACACCGUGUCCAGGUUACGUCAAGGGUAUAGAAAUUGCUUUGGAAUAUACCCUUAUCGGCAAACAUAGUGAUUGAUUUGAUCGAUUCUGCGUAUAAUCUUUUCCCAGUUACUUGUUCUGAAUAUUUAUCAUUGCAGUGAAAAUGCAUUCUAAGACCGUGCCGUUAGAAUAAGGUUAACUAUGCUCUAAAACCUGACUAUUGGCAUUGACAUCUGAACAUAACACAUAUCGACCCGUCGAUAAUUCAACAUGCUCAGAUUGGACACUCCGUUUUUCGAAGCAUCCCACUAGAUUGAUAGCUGUACUUCGAUGAUAUACGCAGAAUCGAUCAAAUCAAUCACUAUGUUUGCCGAUAAGGGUAUAUUCCAAACAAGACAUUGUUGUCAGCACUAGAGGUUUCUUUUUGGCAAGAAAUGAAAUAACCCAGAAUGUCACAACAUCUUUCGACUUUGGAAAAAUAAACCCUUACUCGGGCUUCCUAUCUAAAAUCCUUUAGUUAUUUCGAUGAUUCCAUGGGGUCUAUUUAUUAUAAUUAGAUUCUACUAUAUGUGAUUUCACUUUCUAAUCGGAGGUUUCAGUGAUUCUGAAAAAAAAUUCGUACUACAAAAAAAAUAAUUUUGGGCAUUCUUCAAGGAAGCCCGAGCUCGAAUCUCCAGCUCAAUAUCAAAAUAACCAUUACUCGGGCUUCCUAUCUGAAAUUCUAAGCUAUUUCGACGAUUCCAUGAGGUCUAUUUAUUAUAAUUAGUCAAUGUGAUUUCACUUUCUAAUCGGAGGUUUCAGUGAUUCUGAAAAAAAAUUCGUACCGCAAAAAAAUAAUGAUUCUGGGCAUUCUUCAAGGAAGCCCGAGCUCGAAUCUCCAGCUCAAUAUCAAAAUAACCAUUACUCGGGCUUCCUAUCUGAAAUUCUUAGCUAUUUCGACGAUUCAAUGAGGUCUAUUUAUUAUAUAGUUUCUACUAUAUGUGCUUCCACUUUCUUAUCGGAGGUUUUAGUGAUUCCGAGACCGAAAAUCGAACCGCAAAAAUAAUUUUAAGUAUUUCUUAAAGAAAGCCCGAGCUCAUAUCUUCUCGAAUCUUUCAAUGCAUUAAAAAGAAAGAAAGAAGAAAAAAAUAUUUUUUUAGACGUGCAAGAGUCAAGGAUCGAAUCGGGAAUCCUGAGUUCCCUAAACUGCGACGUGGAAAAAAUAAAAUAAAGUCGCUGUAUUUUAAGACCGUAACGCGUUCCUCGGGCGUGGACACGGUAAUUAAGCUUGAAUUUGGUGGACAAUUUUGAGGCGCUAUGCCAUUGUCAUAAUUUUCAAUUUUGUGUAAUUUGAUACUAGUUUUACUUCAUUUCAUUUUCUAUCAUCUUAUGUUUAUUUCGCCUUAUCAAAUCGAAGUUUUUUCUUCAAUUAAUGACAUGGUUUAGAAAAAGGGCGAWCGUGUGGUUGUGUGGUUGUGUGUGUUUGUAUUGUUGGUAAAAUUUAAUCUGUUUGASCUUUCUGUGGUUUUUGCGGAGUGUAUCUCGGAUAAUAGCCAGGCGUUUGGUAUCAGAUAGACUGACACAAGAAAUUAGACAAUCAACUUUGGAACAGCAAAGAGCUAUUUUAAGAACGGUGCACGGUUUCCUGCGACAUCUUGAAAGGUGGUCGUGCCUUUACAUCGAAGCGAGAAAACCGUUGAAMGCGGUAYAAUUAUAGAA